AUGCCGGAAUUACCAGGUUUUAGAAUUAGUAGGCUUCAGAAAAAUAAUAAGGAAAUAAAAAAAGCCCAAACAGGAAGGUUACCAAGAGGCACUAUUCGGGUUGGUCGGCAUCGUUUGGCAAAUAAGCGGGCAGUAAGGCUGGCAAUCAGAAGAAGAGGAAUCCGAAAAUCAAAAAGGUGUAGGUCCAAGAGAACGGCUGUGCUAAAGGAUGAGAUGGCACUUUUGAUACUGGAGAGUUUGGCCGCAGCGCAGAGCGCAGUACCGCAAGGGCGGGUGCGGGAAAUUGAGGGGGUGCGGGAAACCGGCCUGACAUUGCGGCCCGGUGGGAGUGCGGGGGAUCCGCAAGCGGAAAAAAUAAAUAUUGGUCACCGUAUGGCAAUUUCUUUUAUUACUGGAUGCACAGUUUCGUUUCUUGGUAGACUAGCGAUGAAGUAUUUGGGGAGUUGA